UGUAUAUUUUCCUUAAUAUCUGAUUUUAGUGCGUUUAUGUGGUACCAAAUUUGGAUGUGGAGAAGGGGGUUGUGGCGCUUGUACUGUAAUGGUGUCAAAAUAUGACAGGAAUUCCAACAAAGUUACACAUCUACCAGUCAAUGCCUGUCUAGCUCCAGUAUGUUCUUUACAUGGACUAGCAGUAACCACAGUGGAAGGUAUAGGAUCGACUAAGAGUAGACUUCACCCGGUUCAAGAACGAAUCGCCAAAGCUCACGGUUCCCAAUGUGGGUUCUGCACCCCAGGCAUCGUUAUGUCAAUGUAUACUCUGUUGAGGAACUCACCAAAACCAACGAUGAAAGACAUUGAGGUAGCCUUCCAAGGUAACCUUUGUAGGUGUACUGGUUACAGGCCAAUAAUAGAAGGGUACAAAACUUUCACAGAAGAAUGGGAAAAUAUCCAGAACGGAAAUAAAUAUUCCCAAAAUAACACAAUUUGCGGAAUGGGCGAUAAAUGCUGUAGGAUACAGAAUGGAACUGAUCAUUCAAAAAAUGAGACAUCUGGAGAUGCAUUAUUCCACUCUGACCAAUUUAUUCCCUACCAUCCAUCACAAGAACCACUUUUCCCCCCAGAACUCAGGAUAUCUAACAAAUAUGAUAAUCAAUACUUAGUUAUCAAGGGAAAGAGGGUAACUUGGUACCGCCCAACUACUGUGAUUGAACUUUUAAAACUCAAACACAAAUUCCCAGAUUCAAAAAUCGUUGUUGGAAAUACAGAAAUUGGAGUGGAAGUGAAAUUCAAACAGAUGGUUUACCCUAUCCUGAUACACCCAGUACUUAUAAACGAGUUGACCCAGAUUCAGGAGGUAGAGAAAGGUAUACAAAUUGGGGCAUCGGCGACUCUAGUUGAAAUCGAAUGUUUUCUCAGGAAGCAAAUUGAACUACAUCCUGAGCAUAAAACAAGAAUUUUUGACGCUGCUGUGAAAAUGCUCAAUUGGUUUGCUGGUAAGCAAAUUCGAAGUGUUGGAGCGCUGGGUAGUAAUAUUAUGACUGGUAGUCCUAUCUCAGACAUGAUUCCAAUUCUCAUGGCAGCUAAGGCAGAACUUGAACUUAGGAGUGAAGCAAAUGGCACAAGAAAAGUUAUUUUAGACAAUAAUUUCUUUGUCGGUUAUAGAAAAAAUAUCGUAAAUGCAGAUGAAAUAUUGGUUUCUAUUCUCCUUCCAUUUACGGGGGAAGACCAGUACUUUCAGGCAUAUAAACAAGCUCGCAGAAGGGAAGAUGAUAUAGCCAUAGUGACGGAAGCAGUUAACGUCACUUUUGAACCAAAAUCUAGCAUAAUCUAUGAUAUCAGUUUUGGAUUCGGCGGUAUGUCUUUCAAAACGGUAUCGGCACCCAAAACUCAAACAAAAUUAAAAGGUUUGCCUUGGAACAAAAAAACUUUGGAGUUAGCCCUCACCAGUUUAUUGGAAGAUUUACCUUUGGACCCUGGUGCCCCUGGUGGCAUGAUUCAAUACAGGAGGUCUCUCACUUUGAGCUUAUUUUUCAGAACGUUUCUUGCAAUUUCACAAAAAAUACAAAAAUAUGUACCUGACAUAAAAUUAGAUGAGAAAGAACUGAGUGGUAUACAUGGAUACACUAGUCCCGAAUUCAAAAGUUCCCAGUACUACAACAUAUCUCCCGACUUGGAUAAAAAAGUGGAUUCACUGCAGAGACCAAUAGUGCAUAUGUCAGCCUACAAACAGGCCACUGGAGAAGCAGUUUACUGUGAUGAUAUUCCUCAUCAAGAAGGUGAGCUCUACUGUGCUUUUGUUUUGAGCACCAAAGCACACGCCAAUAUUCUUAAAAUAGACGAGUCUGAGGCACUGUCUAUGGAAGGAGUCAUUGGUUUUUUCUCAGAUAAAGACGUCAAGAAAGGAUGCACUUGGGGAACGAUCAUACAUGAUGAAGAAGUAUUUUAUUCUAACAAAGUAACAGCUCAAGGGCAGAUCGUUGGUAUGAUUGUUGCGGAAAACCAAGUAGUUGCUCAAAGAGCUGCUAAAAAAGUCAGGGUGACCUACGAAGAAUUAGAACCUGUUAUAAUAAGUAUAUAUGACGCAAUAAAAUAUAAGUCCUUCUAUGACUUCUCUCACGUAUUGGUAAAAGGUGAUAUCGAACAGGCAUUGAGAGCGGCCCCACAUGUACUUGAAGGUGAAUGUAAACUAGGAGGGCAAGAACACUUCUACAUGGAAACUCAAGGUUGUAUUGUAAUACCCAAACCUGAAGAUGACGAAAUGGAAAUUUUUUCUUCCACUCAAAAUCCAACUGAAAUAUCGAAAUUGGUGGCUGAAGUGAUUGGUGUUCCACAAAAUAAAAUAAUAACCAAAGCGAAGAGAUUAGGUGGGGGCUUCGGUGGUAAAGAGUCUAAAGGAAGUUUACUCGUUUUACCAAUGGCCGUAGCUGCAAGAAAACUCAACAGGCCGCUCAGAUGUAUGCUGGAUAGAGACGAGGAUAUUCUCAUGACUGGUACCAGGCAUCCGUUUUAUUUCAAAUACAAAGUGGGAUUUGAUGAUGACGGAAAUAUUCUGGGUUGUGAAGCCGAACUGUACAGUAAUUGUGGCUACUCUGCGGAUCUUUCAUUUUCAGUUAUGGACAGGGCUCUGACACAUUUCGAAAAUUCUUACAGAAUUCCAGCGUGCCGAGUGAAAGGUUUCUGUUGUAAAACUAACUUGGCUUCCAAUACUGCCUUCAGAGGAUUUGGUGGACCACAGGGAAUGUUCAUGGCUGAAUGCAUAAUUCGUCAUAUUGCAGAUUACUUGAAAAGGGAUCCAGUAAACAUAAGCGAGAAAAAUUUGUAUAAAGAGGGAGAUACAACUCCUUUCAAUCAACCAUUAAUAAAUUGUACCCUUGACAAAUGUUGGCAAGAAUGUAUGCAGUCAUUCGAUUACUAUGGUAGAAGAAAGAAAGUGGAACAAUUCAAUAGGGAAAAUCGUUACAAGAAGAGGGGAAUCAGUAUCAUCCCAACAAAAUUUGGAAUAGCUUUCAGUGCCCCUUUUCUAAAUCAAGGAGGUGCACUAGUUCUCAUUUAUACAGAUGGAUCGGUCCUCAUAUCUCAUGGUGGCGUUGAAAUGGGCCAGGGUCUCCACACAAAGAUGAUCCAAGUUGCCAGUAGGGCUUUGGAAAUAUCUGUUGAUAAAAUUCAUAUCAGUGAAACUGCAACUGACAAAGUGCCUAACACAUCUCCAACGGCUGCCAGCAGUGGUUCAGAUUUAAACGGAAUGGCAGUACUGGAGGCCUGUACAAUCCUCAAAGAACGACUGAGACCUUACAAAGAUGCAAAUCCAAAUGGCACCUGGGAGCAAUGGGUGAAAUCUGCUUAUUUUGAUAGAGUCAGUUUAGCGGCCAGUGGUUUUCACAAAACACCCGAUUUGGGUUAUAACUGGGAAACAUCAACGGGAAAUAUGUUUAGUUACUUCACUUACGGAGUAGCAGGCACAGAAGUUGAAAUUGAUACUCUUACAGGAGACCACCAAGUUCUCAGAACGGAUAUAGUUAUGGAUCUAGGAGAAAGUUUGAAUCCCGCAAUCGAUAUUGGCCAAAUUGAAGGUGCAUUUGUCCAAGGUUACGGACUAUUCGUUCUGGAAGAAAUGGUUUACUCCCCUAAAGGUGAUACUUUUACCAGAGGUCCGGGAACGUAUAAACUUCCUGGAUUUUCUGAUAUUCCUGCUGAGUUCAAUGUUUCGCUUUUAAAAGGUGUUUCUAACCCGCGAGCUGUAUAUUCAUCAAAAGCAGUUGGCGAACCACCCCUUUUUCUAGCAAGUUCGGCAUUAUUUGCUAUCAGAGACGCUAUCAAAGCAGCUCGCGAAGAAAAUAAUAUCGAAGGAACUCACUUCAGAUUGGACGCACCGGCUACAUCGGCAAAAAUUAGGAUGGCCUGUCAAGAUGAGAUUACAUCUAGAGUAAGUUUGAAAUAUUAAGAAGAAGACCAGCGC